UUUACUAGCCAAAAAUCAGAUGAUGACUAUGAAGAUUAUGCUUCUAAUAAAACGUGGGUCUUGACUCCAAAGGUCCCUGAGGGAGAUGUGACUGUCAUUUUAAACAACCUGCUGGAAGGGUAUGACAAUAAACUUCGACCUGACAUAGGAGUGAAACCAACCUUAAUCCACACAGAUAUGUAUGUGAAUAGCAUUGGGCCAGUGAAUGCAAUCAAUAUGGAAUAUACAAUUGAUAUAUUUUUUGCCCAAACAUGGUACGACAGGCGCUUGAAAUUUAACAGCACCAUCAAAGUCCUCCGACUGAACAGCAACAUGGUGGGGAAGAUCUGGAUCCCAGACACCUUCUUCCGAAACUCAAAAAAGGCCGAUGCGCACUGGAUCACCACUCCCAACAGGAUGCUGAGGAUCUGGAAUGACGGCCGAGUGCUCUACACCCUAAGGCUGACGAUUGAUGCUGAAUGCCAGCUGCAGCUGCACAACUUUCCAAUGGAUGAACACUCCUGCCCCCUGGAGUUCUCCAGCUAUGGCUACCCACGUGAAGAGAUUGUCUAUCAAUGGAAGCGUAGUUCUGUGGAAGUGGGUGACACAAGAUCCUGGAGACUUUACCAAUUUUCAUUUGUUGGGCUGAGAAACACCACGGAAGUGGUGAAGACAACUUCUGGAGACUACGUGGUCAUGUGUGUCUACUUUGACCUCAGCAGAAGAAUGGGCUACUUCACCAUCCAGACCUACAUCCCCUGUACGCUCAUCGUUGUCCUGUCCUGGGUGUCUUUCUGGAUCAAUAAGGAUGCAGUGCCAGCCAGAACCUCUUUAGGUAUCACCACAGUCCUGACGAUGACCACGCUCAGCACCAUCGCCCGGAAAUCUCUCCCCAAGGUCUCCUACGUCACAGCCAUGGACCUCUUUGUAUCUGUUUGCUUUAUCUUUGUCUUCUCUGCUUUGGUGGAGUAUGGGACCCUGCAUUAUUUUGUGAGCAAUCGGAAACCAAGCAAGGACAAGGACAAAAAGAAGAAAAAUCCUGCUCCGACCAUUGAUAUCCGCCCACGAUCAGCAACCAUUCAAAUGAACAAUGCCACACACCUACAAGAGAGGGAUGAAGAAUAUGGGUAUGAGUGUCUGGAUGGCAAGGACUGUGCCAGUUUUUUCUGCUGCUUUGAAGACUGUCGAACCGGAGCCUGGAGACACGGGAGGAUACAUAUCCGUAUUGCCAAAAUGGACUCCUAUGCUAGAAUCUUCUUCCCCACUGCCUUCUGCUUGUUCAAUCUGGUGUACUGGGUCUCUUAUCUUUACCUGUGAGGAGCUUUGGUUUUACUGAUAUGGGUCUUACUUGCUGAAUCUCAUGGAAAGAUGUCCUUUCUAAGUGUAGUUGGUAAUGAUCUGAGUUCAUUUCUACGUCCUGAUCUGGUAAACUGUAUAAUGUCAUAUUGUUUGUGCCCAACUCUCCUUUGGUUAGUGUAAUUUGAACUUCAAUGUAUGUCAUGUUUCAAACCUGCAAGGCAAAAGUAAAAUCAGAACAAGAACUCUGAAGCCAAGCAAGAUAGUUACUUUUCAACUACAACAACUGAAAUUGUGAGAGCGUGACUCUUUAUAGAGGUGGUAUCUUUACUUGGUUCAUAAUACAGUUCCACCCAAAAGGUCCCAAACCGUAUCCUAUGUUCGCUUGGGGUCAAGUUGUGGUAAACUCAAACAAAAUAGAAUACCUCCCUUAUUUGUGAAGA